GAGACCUCUCUGUGUUUUUCUAGCUCUGCAAUCAGCUGGUGUUUCCUGGCUUAUUUUUCUUCAUGGUUUUUCCCUCUGUGGGUGUAGCAUGAACACCAUGGCAAUUGUGGCACCACUACUGCACAUGCUACACUACAGCCAGGACACUUGUACGCAGGACAGCUUAGCUAGAAUCAUGCCUCAAAGUAGGCUUUCCCCGUGUAUUGUCCCAGGAUGGCCUCAAUUGAGCUUGGAUGCUUCCAGGACAUAAACAGUGUGAGCCGUUUUGAUGAACGAGUGAAGAAGCCUUUUCGGGAGUUGAAGAAAUCCAGCAUCACUUCCUGGGAUAGAGGAAUUGUCAUUCUAACAUAAGUGUUUAUCAGAAUUGCUUGAAUUUUUCAUUUCUGUGUGAGCCUGUGGAAAACUCGGAAUUAUUUUUCGUGUCAUUUUAAAGGUAAAUGAGCGAGGGACGGGAAAGUGCUGAGGAAGUGGAGCCAUGCUGGAUAUUUUUGGUCUCUAUUCAUUGACAGGAAGACAAGCUUCAGAACUGCCCUUUCAGCUACUUUCUCCCCCGGUAUUGUCAUUUUCUCUCCCGGCUUUGUGCUUUUCUCUUUCAUUUCGAACAGUUCUGAUGAUGGCCACUGAUGGAUUGUCUGGGUUCUAGUCUCAAGAUGUCGCGUCUGAGCCGGACUGCUUCUGAGAAAGCGGGCAAUGCGAGCUGCUUCCCUUCCAAAUCCCCUGAUGAAGAGGAGGCUUGUGUAGGGGUGAAGAUCGCAGAGACACAAGAUCUUGGCAGUAGGCCUGCAGAGCGAGCCAGUCGACACGAGAAGCCGCGUCAGGGAAGCAGAGCAAGCGACAGAAGCUCCACAGGAAUUAAUGGAAAAGGCUCACGACGCCAGCUCCCGAAGCAUAUCAAACCACAAGUGCCUCCUAAACCAGCACACCUCCAUACUCCGGUGACCGAGCUGUGUAAGCCGCUGGGCAGAAGCUCACCCUUUAACUCCAAGAUGGAGGAGGGCGGAGGAGGAGGAGGAGGAGGAGGAGGAGGAGGAGGAAAAGGCAGAGUGUCUGACCUCAUCAGCCGCUUUGAGGAAAACAGACACACAGACAGGAGGGACGGCUCUCCCCAGAAACACACAGCCAAACCUGCUAAGUGCAGUCCGGUACACAGGAGUUGCCAGAAACCUACGGAUACUACAGAGCAGACUCAGGACAGCAGCAUCAGCCAUGAACAAAUGCCCUCUACCAAUGGAGUGUUAGCUCAGAUGGACAGAAACGGCGAUGACGGCGGAGCUGCGAGACCAGAUGGCGAACCGCUGCUGAAUGGAGAUAUGGUGGAGCAAAGUUUGGACGAGGUCACGGAUGCGUCUCAGAGUGUCAUCGAGAUGCCGGAGAAAGAGGAUGAGAGCAAAAGGACAGAGGCAGAGAAUGAGGCUAGUACAGAUGACGGGAGUAUGGAACACAAGGAGACGAACAAACAGAAGCUGCACAAUAUCGCCAGUGAGCUUCUGCAGACAGAGAAGGCCUACGUUGCAAGACUAAAUUUACUGCAGGUGUUUUACUCCAAGCUGACGGAAGAGGCAGGAAAAGGCAUGUUUCCUUUGGAGGUGGUGAAGAAUAUCUUCUCCAAUAUCUCCUCCAUCUGUACUUUCCACAGCCAGUUUCUGCUUCCAGACCUGGAGAAACGCAUGGGAGAAUGGGAGACGACUCCUCGUAUCGGGGACAUUCUGCAGAAACUUACACCCUUUCUCAAGAUGUAUGCAGAAUAUGUGAGAAACUUCGAUAAAGCCAUGGAUCUGCUGAAACAGUGGACCGACCGCUCGCCGCAGUUUAAGGCCAUUAUUCAGGACAUUCAGAAGCAGGAAGUGUGUGGGAGUCUGACACUGCAGCAUCACAUGCUGGAACCUGUACAGAGAGUCCCAAGAUACGAGAUGUUACUCAAAGACUAUCUAAAGAAGCUUCCUCAGGACCACGUGGACCGGCGGGACGCUGAGAAAUCGUUGGAGAUUAUUGCCACAGCAGCCACACACUCAAACACUGCAAUUCGCAAAUCUGAGAAUCUGAAGAAACUGCUGGAGAUUUAUGAGAUGCUGGGAGAGGAAGAGGACAUUGUGAAUGCCUCCAACGAGUUCAUAAAGGAGGGCCAUAUCCUCAAACUGGCGGCCAGGAACACUUCAGCUAUGGAUCGAUACCUCUUCCUGUUCAACAACAUGCUGCUCUACUGCGUUCCCAAGUUCAGCCUGGUGGGCCAGAAGUUUACGGUGCGUACACGGAUCGGCAUCGAUGGGAUGAAGGUGGCAGAGACGUAUAAUGAGGAUUAUCCUCAUACAUUCCAGGUGUCUGGGAAGGAGCGUACACUCGAGCUGCAGGCAAGCUCUGAACAAGAUAAAGAAGACUGGAUAAAGGCAUUCCAAGAAACGAUAGAAAUCUUUCUCCAGAAGAAUGAGACCUUUAAAAUGGCUGCUAAAGAAGUAGAGGAAGUGUCGAUAACGGACCUGGGAAAACGAGCUCCGCGGUGGAUUCGAGACAACGAGGUGACCAUGUGUAUGAAGUGUAGGGAACCUUUCAACGCUCUCACACGCAGGAGGCAUCACUGUCGAGCUUGUGGUUAUGUGGUAUGCUGGAAGUGCUCAGACAAUAAGGCUCCUCUGGAGUAUGAUGGCAAUAAGAUGAAUAAAGUGUGUCGAGACUGUUAUUCCAUUUUAAAAGGCCAUACAGACAGCGAGGAGAAGGAGGGCAAGAAGAAAGGCAUUCUGGAGAUCGAAGCAGCACAGUUCUCGGGCAGCAGUAUAAUGUGUGGCUUCCUGCAGUACUGUGAGAAGAAUAAACCCUGGCAGAAAGUCUGGUGUGUUAUUCCUCAGAAGGAGGCUUUAGUGCUCUAUCUGUACGGAGCGCCACAGGACGUGAAGGCUCAGUCCACCAUCCCGCUGCUGGGUUACAUGGUAGACGACGUGUCGCGAUCCACCGAUCCUCCAGCCAGUUUCCGUCUGUCCCAGUCCAAUUCCGUCUACAGUUUUGCCGCCGAGAGCGAGGAACUGAAGCAGCGCUGGCUCAAAGUGAUCCGAGUGUGUGUGACGGGUGAAGUGCCCACGAGCUCGCCACCUCCAGAGACACAACCCACGGAGAGAAGCCGGGAGCCAAGCACAGAGAGCCUCUAAGAGGAGAACGAGAGCACGCUGUCAGUGCCAAAGACACACAGAGAAGAGAGAGAGAGAGGACAAGGCUGUCAAUCACUCACAUGCAGCAUAUAACACGAUGCCGAGCGCUUUCACGGCCACGCUGGAUUUGAUUUUUGGGAAAAAAAAAAAAAACGAUGAGGCUGACCCUCUAAAGCUGCAGCAGUCCAAAGAGAUGGCGCACACAAGUGCUUUGAAACUAAACUGGUGCUCUAGGAUGCUUGGUAAAAUGAUAUGAAUACAAAUACACUCAUUUCCACACAUCAUGCUCUCAGUAUAGCUCUGCAGUACACUUCAGUACAGGCAGAGCCGUUCCUCUAGUGCGGUAUAAUUAGAAUUAUCUACGCAUCGUGUGUGUGUGUGUGUGUGUGUAUAUAUGAUAGCAUUCAGUCUGUAUGUAUGGAUAUGCCCUCACUGUCUCUUUUAUAAAGAUGUGAAGUGAAUCCAGGCCUCUCCGAUGCUGAAGACAAGUCUGAGUUUAAAUUCAGGCUGCCUCAGUACCCUAGGAAGAUGAUUAUCGUUCUUCCUAGGAUCUUUUUGUUUUCCUUUUCCCUUCAUACGGACCGCAUUUAGUCGCAAUAAACACGGCUCACGUCUGCACACCCGGAGAGCCGUGACGCCGCAUUCACUAACCAGCAUCUCCAACCUCAUUCCAUCCCAGCACAUCGGCUCAAACGUGUCCCGUACAGACUGCAAGGGGACACGGCAAUACCACAGUAUAGUGUUACAUAAGCUGGGAAAAUCCCUCCUUUAUAUUAGACUGUCUACUGAAUGGUCUCAAAUGAUAAUUUUACCCAAGCUGGUGCAUGUGUUGCCUUUUAAAAAAAAAUAAUCAAUUAAAGGAAUACUCCAGUGUUUAUCAACCUAAUAUCGAAAGCAUCCGUAGCAUAUCAGUUAUCCUAAAUGAGAAUGUAGACACUUUAUAUUAUACAGAGAAAAGAGAAGAACAUUUUACUCUAGAUUAUUUUGUUCGAAUUAAAGUUUAAGGGCAGUUGUUGAACACUAUUAUGUACGUGCCAAAAAACCUGGCGCGCACACACACGAUGAUGAAAUCUGUUCCCUCCAAGUUACUCAACUGGGUAUUGUGUUUCCUAAGUGCGUCAUGUCAAAAUCCACCUUGUAUUCUGUUCAGAUAUCUUCCUGGGUCUUAAAACUAGGCUAUUUUAAGAGCCCUUAUCAGUUCUUUUCACAGCUUUAAUCCUGUACAGUAUACACCAUGAGACACAGGUGCAGCGUUGGCUUGAAUUUCUAAUAUGAAAGGCAAUUUUCUAGUAUUCAUGGCCCUGAUUCUAAUCAUAUGCUACUUUUGGUGCUCCUCUAAAAAACAUUCUUCAGGCUGCACCAGCAGUCUUUCAGUGACGUUUUAAGGCCCUAACUUGAAUAUCAGACCUCAAAAUGUUAAAUAGUUCCCUUUAAAAGUGUAGCUUUAUGUGCUUCAUGGAAAUCUGUUGCAGCUUAAACAGUUACAGACCACACUAACAACUGCCCUUAGACCUUCAACACAUUUCCCCAAAAAACAUCCAGUUCUCUAACGGUCUUGAACGUCUCAAUCUCACGUGCACUUCAUGCAGGCUUAAAACAAAAAGUAUUCCUUAUACACUGAAGUAUUCCUUUAAAAAUGUUUAGCAUUCAUAAGCACAGAUCAUUUCUUCAUUCCUUUCUUUCUUUUUCCUCUGUUGGCUGUUCUUGCGUCUGCUCUGCUCUAUUGAGCCGGCCAGUAGGACGUGUGUGUGUGUAUGUGUUUGUGUUUGUGUGUGUGUGUGUCUUUUAACGCUACUGAUCAGUGUCUUAAAUAAGACUUCCUGUACAAUCAAGGACAAAUAGACCCACGAGCUGGGAGAGACAUGUAAAUGUUUUAUGAAAUACUGUAAUUAGUUUUAUUAUUUAAGAGUAAUUUAUAAUUGACCUGCAUGAUUUCAACAACAACAAAAAAGAAAGUAGCACAACAAAUGGUCCCCCCCCCCCUUCAUUUCUAUUGUCCAGUUACCAAACGCUUGGUAUGCAGAAUCCCAUCAUAAAACUUGUCCUGUUUUCCCUUCCGGUCAGUCUGAUAUUAUUGACAGCUGUUCAGUGUUUUAUAAACAGUGUAUUGUAUCUAGGACAUUCCCGUUUCUGCACAGAGGUCACUGCAUACACAGUGUAAUGGUCAUGUUUUAGGUCUGUAGAGCUCACACAUGAAGCACAGUAGAUUAUCAGUGUAACCAGGCACGCUUUACACAUCUGUAGCUGAGACUUCACUGUGUUGUGUUCUGGCAGUCUGGUUUGAGCUGAAUAUCCAUUGAUCUCGUCUCGUAUUUUUACAAAAAAGGUUGACAAGAUUAAUGUGAUUAGGAAAUUUUGAAUAUGAAAACCUGAGAAAAUGCACAAGAAAUAUCAGAGAAUCGAACAAAAGCUUUAUACUGAAUAUUAAGUUGGAAUUAGCAACUCGAUAAGAUAAACACUGAAUGAAUGAAUGAAUGAAUGAAUGAAUGGUUAGAAAGAUUCCCAGCAUCAAUUUGAACCCCCAAGAUGAGUGACUCUGAACGUAUAAACAAAUGAAUGGAUGAUCUGAAUAUAAUAAAAGUUAUAAAUAAGGUCAUACGUGCACCUGCUGUUCCUUUCUGAAAGUAGGCCACUGGUUUAAUCUCCUUUUUUUUCCCUGUCAGCAUUAGUUAGAAACACACAUGAGAUUUGUGUGGACACCUAGUUUUUAUACAUCUGUAUUUAUUUCCUUCUCUACAUCUGAAAUGCACUUUACCACCUUCUAUAAAGUGUACAUUGUAAAAAGAUUAAAUAAAUCAAUCAAUCAAAUCAAAUCAAGAGGAUUAUUAACUGGGUGUAUUGUACAGGUUGUAAUUUUGGUUUUUUCGGUCAACUUUGAUGAGGUGUAUGUUACUCCUAUUUCCUCUUAUUAGAGGAAACGGUUUCUCUGACUUGGUUUACACCUAAACUCACCUUCACAACAGGAGAGAGGAGACAUUGACCCUGGUCUAGGAUGGGCUGCAGAUCAACUCUGUCCAACUGUACGGGAGAAAUGCAAUGCCAGAUAUAUCUCCUGAGAAAUUCAUUGUUUCCCCCCCGAGAUCUCUCGUUCCGGCUCAGAGGGGGGAAAUGAAAUAUAAUACAAUAUGCUGUCUAUUCUGUUUCUUCCUAAAUGUACAUAGAGUGUAUUAGAUCAUUUCAAUUUAGGCUUUUUAGGUUUUUACCUAGAAAUCAGUCCAAAUACAUCCUCUUUGUUCUAGACGGCAAAGAGAAAGGAAAGCUGGAAUGGAAAUUAACUGUGGCUGGAUCUUUAAUAAUAAUAAAAUUAUUAAAGAAUCUAUUUCUAUGUGGAAAUGGUCAUUUUUCAUAACCUUUAAGUGGUAUCUCUAACUGAGACCCAAAUGUCCACCCAGUAUCACUCAACAAGACACUCUGGCUGAACUUGUUCAUUAACCCCCCCCCUCCGAAAGUAUUGGAACGGCGAGGUCUUCUUUUUUUAUUUUCUGUACUUAUUAUUAUUUUUGUUUUGCUAUAUACAGUUUUUAUUUAAAGGAUGCAGAGCAAUGACUACAUACAUUUACCAGUUGCCAGUAAUUAUAACACCAAUGAUGUCUGUACUGAAUGUGUUUAAGACCCGUGAGUUUUUAGUUUUAUUCGACUGCAGAGUUGAAAUAAAAAUAAUUAAACAUUCUA